AUGGCUUUCGGCAUCCUAGAGCCCACGUCGAAUUCAUCUCCAUCAGGAACGAGCAACAUUCAAGACAAUUUCGAAGAUGAUGUAUCAGAAGCGCACGUUAUUCGUGUUCCGCAACCGUCUCAAUCGGCCUUGGAUCCUCUCAAUUGGUCCAAAAUAAGAAAAGAGCUACUAUUUGCUACCAUACUUCUGGGAUCAUCUGUCACUGGAUCUAUAGGUCCGGUUCUCGUGCCUGGGUUUACAGUUGUGGCUCAAGAUCUCGGUGUCGACGUUAGUCGCAUGACGCUUCUCAACGGCUUAUUGGUUAUGACUCUUGGUGUCAUUACGUCUGUCAACCUCACACCUGUUAUUAGCGGAUAUGUUAUCUCGGACUUAUCGUGGAGAUGGAGUUUCUGGCUUGAGGCGAUUAUGUUUGGGAUUGUGCUACUAGCAACGUUCUUCUUUUUCCCCGAGACAACAUUUGAUCGCGCAGGCCCGUUGCCGCUUCAGCUGGAGAAUGCAUCUCUAGACGAUAAAGCGAUCCAGGUCUCCAUGGUCUCUGAAACCUUGACAGAAACCUCCGGUCUACGGUGUCGCUCUGUAUUGGGUGUUGAAGCGGUAAAACUUCCAGGAUUGAAGAGCUUCUUGGCAUCUAUAUUCGUGCCCUUCGCUUUACUACCUCAUCCGAUUGUUAUUUAUGGAUCUCUGAUGUGGGCAGUCACAUUUACGUGGACUAUCCUUCUGGGAGCUGUUGUUUCCCAGAUCUUCACCCCUACACCAUACAAUAUGGACACUAUUGCGGUCGGAAACAUAUCUGGCAUCGCGCCUUUCAUAGGAUCGGCAUUGGGAACCAUGAUGGCUGGCUGGUUCUGUGAUUUCUCUGCUACAAAUCUGGCGAAGCAUAAUAACGGCACCUACGAGCCCGAGUUUCGUCUUCUCGUCAUCUUCCCUGCGGCCAUUGCAAUGGCCAUUGGCAGCUUUGGUCUUGGCGCUGCCAUUCACAACGGUAUCUCUGCUAUUGUCUGUGGAGUUUUCAUGGCCAUAAUCAACUUUGCGGUUGGCCUUGGAUGUACUGGAAUUGUAUCGUAUACCAAUGAUGCAUGUGGCGAAAAGGCCAGUGAUGCGUUCGGUAUUGCUAUGUUCAUCAAAAGUGCAUUCGCAUUCGGCCUUUCUUUCAUUUUUAAUGACUAUUACACUAGAAGUGGCCCGUUGGUCUUUUUCUCAACGUUCGGGGCUGUUACAGUUGGAGUCAUGCUGACCACUAUUCCUCUUUACGUUUUUGGAAAGAGAAUACGAGCUUGGGCAGACAAUCACGACCUCUUACGUCGUAAAUCAAGAGACCUUUAUCCGCAAUGA